GGGGACAUUCUACUUUCCCGGUGCGCACCUCCCCCCGCAGGGUAUGCCUGGAUCGGUUAGUCAAGACGACCGGAGUUUGGCGGCCAUGUUAAGACGCAGUAUUCGAGAUUCUUCAUUGCAGCGGCCACGCUACCGAGAACGACCUCCCGCCUGGCUUUUGCCGCCACACCCCUGGCGCGCCGAGGCCGCCUACGCCGCCCACAAAGCCCCCUCCCGUCGCCCUAUCCACUGGCCAAUGGAAGAACUACGAAUGGUGCGACCUGCUCCAGCUUGGCAGUCGCAGGCCGCUACGGGCUUGGACGCCUGGGAAGACAUUGUUGGAAAAGGAGGGGGCUAGAAGGUGCUGGAGGCUCUAGGGAGAUGGCUCCUCCACCCGUUUCAUCCUCCCUCUUUCACUGGAGUCGCCGGACCACAGCGCAGCCAAUUGGCUCAGAGAUGUGGCGGGUUGCCGCUUUCCUAUGGGUCUAUGCGGCAAGCAUCUGCCUGGUUACUGAAGCCUUGGAAACUAAAUUUAUGAUGUCAUCUCGUGGAUUAACCAAUAGAAAAAGCUCCCGCGGAGAAGUGUUUCUCUCUCUUCGACUCGACCCUCUUCACGCGCGUGAGCGAGCGUGCGCGCGCGGAGAGGGUGGAGGAAAAUCUCGAGCACGGUGGCGCGCAUGAGCAGCGAAGCCCCGCCUCCCGGCCUAUAUAUAAAGGGCUGGCGCUGGGCUCCGCGGCGCCAUUUCGCGCUGGAGUGGAGCAGCGUCUAGAGCGAGCCGGAGGACUCGGCCUACCGAUACAGAGCCUGCGAGUCUUCGGGGGCCGCCAUUACAAUCCACGUCCAUCCGCUUGAAAAUGGCCUUCGUCUCGGCCUAUGACUGGUCUCGGCGGACAGUAUUGACCCCAUAGAAGCCCCCGAAGCUCCCCUUUUUCGGGCCCCGCCCAGUGCUCGGAGUCUGUCCACCCCCUCUGCUCCACCCUCAAGAGGAUUUCAAAGAUGGAGGCGGCGGCUCCCUAAACCACUUUCGUGUUCAUCCGCCUCCAUCCAAGAUCGAACCGGGACAACGUCCGCGCCGGACGGUCCCGGCAGGAGGAGGGAAUCCUUGCAGAGCAACAGCGGGGUAUAUUGACGACGGUGUCUGGGAGUGGGGCCCGUCCUUGUGUUUGAAGAGUCUGUUUCCCCUCUCUCGCCCGCCUCAACUGAGGCCGCCGCCAUUUUCUUGGCUGCCGCCAGUGGUGCGCGCUGAACUACCGGGAGGUGUCCGAGGGUCCGUGGAGAAAACUGCUGUCGUACCGGCCCGGCGGGGGGGUUGUCGCCUGGAGGGCCAAAGGCAACGGCCCCCCCCGUCCUCACUUCCCGGGUUAUGGUGGACUCGGUGGCGAGGGGAACCGAGGCCACCCGGACUUGCCGCGGCUAAGGGCAGCGCCGGUUCCCCGCGAUCAAGAUGCUCCAAAACGUGACACCUCACAGCAAGCUCCCUGGGGAGGGGAAUGCAGGGAUACUGGGGCUGGGUCCAGAGGCAGCAGCGCCAGGGAAAAGAAUUCGAAAGCCUUCCCUGCUGUAUGAAGGAUUUGAGAGUCCCACAAUGGCUUCAGUGCCGGCUUUGCAACUGACCCCUGCCAAUCCUCCACCCCCUGAGGUGUCCAAUCCCAAGAAACCAGGACGGGUCACCAACCAGCUGCAAUAUCUGCACAAGGUGGUAAUGAAGGCUCUGUGGAAACAUCAGUUUGCAUGGCCAUUCCGGCAACCUGUGGAUGCUGUCAAACUGGGUCUGCCGGAUUAUCACAAAAUUAUAAAACAGCCUAUGGACAUGGGUACUAUUAAGAGGCGGCUUGAAAACAACUAUUACUGGGCUGCUUCAGAGUGUAUGCAGGAUUUUAAUACCAUGUUCACCAACUGUUACAUCUACAACAAGCCCACUGAUGACAUUGUUCUGAUGGCACAGACGCUGGAAAAAAUCUUCCUACAGAAAGUGGCGUCAAUGCCACAAGAUGAACAAGAGCUUGUGGUGACCAUCCCUAAGAACAGCCACAAGAAGGGGGCCAAAUUGGCAGCACUCCAGGGUAGUAUCACCAGUGCCCAUCAGGUGCCUGCUGUCUCUUCUGUGUCGCACACAGCCCUGUAUACUCCACCGCCUGAGAUACCAACCACUGUCCUCAACAUUCCCCACCCAUCUGUCAUCUCCUCUCCCCUUCUCAAGUCUUUGCACUCCGCUGGACCCCCGCUCCUUGCUGUCUCUGCCGCUCCGCCAGCUCAACCCCUGGCCAAGAAAAAAGGGGUAAAGCGGAAAGCAGAUACUACCACACCUACACCUACAGCCAUCCUGGCUCCUAGUUCCCCAGCUAGCCCCCCUGGGAGUCUUGAACCCAAGGCAGCACGGCUUCCCCCUAUGCGGAGAGAGAGUGGCCGUCCUAUCAAGCCUCCUCGAAAAGACUUGCCUGACUCUCAGCAACAACACCAGAGCUCCAAGAAAGGAAAGCUUUCAGAGCAGUUAAAACAUUGCAAUGGCAUUUUGAAGGAGUUACUCUCUAAGAAGCAUGCUGCCUAUGCCUGGCCUUUCUAUAAACCAGUGGACGCUUCUGCUCUUGGUCUGCAUGACUACCAUGACAUCAUUAAACACCCAAUGGACCUCAGUACUGUCAAGCGGAAGAUGGAGAAUCGUGAUUACCGGGAUGCACAGGAAUUUGCUGCUGAUGUGCGGCUUAUGUUCUCCAACUGCUAUAAGUACAAUCCCCCAGACCAUGAUGUUGUGGCAAUGGCUCGAAAGCUGCAGGAUGUAUUUGAGUUCCGUUAUGCCAAGAUGCCAGAUGAACCACUGGAACCAAGGCCUUUACCAGUCUCUACUGCCCUGCCUCCUGGCCUGGCCAAGUCAUCUUCGGAGUCCUCCAGUGAGGAAAGUAGCAGUGAGAGCUCCUCUGAGGAGGAGGAGGAAGAUGAGGAGGAAGAAGACAGUGAAAGCUCUGACUCAGAGGAAGAAAGGGCUCAUCGCUUGGCAGAACUACAGGAACAGCUUCGGGCAGUACACGAACAGCUGGCUGCGCUGUCCCAAGGCCCAAUAUCCAAACCUAAGCGGAAGAGAGAGAAAAAGGAGAAAAAGAAAGAAGAAAAACGGAAGGCAGAGAAGCAUAGAGGCCGAGCUGGGGUGGAUGAAGAUGAUAAGGGGCCCCGGGCACCCCGGCAACCUCAGACCAAGAAGUCCAAGAAAGCAAGUGGUAGCGGGAGUGGCAGUGCUGCUACAUUAGGACCUCCUGGCUUUGGGCCUUCCAGUGGCAGUGGCACCAAACUCCCCAAAAAGGCCUCAAAGACAGCCCCACCUGCCCUACCUACAAACUACGAUUCAGAGGAGGAGGAAGAAAGCAGGCCCAUGAGUUAUGAUGAGAAACGGCAGUUGAGCCUGGACAUCAAUAAAUUACCUGGGGAGAAGCUGGGGCGUGUUGUACACAUAAUUCAAGCCCGAGAGCCCUCUUUACGUGACUCAAACCCAGAAGAGAUCGAGAUUGAUUUUGAAACACUCAAGCCAUCCACACUUAGAGAGCUUGAACGCUACGUACUUUCCUGCUUACGAAAGAAACCCCGAAAGCCCUACACCAUUAAGAAACCUGUGGGAAAGACAAAGGAAGAACUAGCUUUGGAGAAGAAGCGGGAACUGGAAAAGCGAUUACAAGACGUUAGUGGGCAGCUCAAUUCCACCAAAAAGCCCCCCAAAAAAGUGAGUGAGAAAACAGAGUCCUCAGCGGCACAGCAAGUAGCAGUGUCACGCCUCAGCGCUUCCAGCUCCAGCUCAGAUUCCAGCUCCUCCUCUUCAUCCUCCUCCUCUUCAGACACCAGUGAUUCAGACUCAGGCUAAGGGGCCAGGCCAGAUGGGGCAGGAGGCGCUCCGCAGGACCGGACCCCUAGACCGCCCUGCCCUCACCCCUUCCCUCUUUGCCUGUGACAUUGCUUCAUCUCACCCCCCCUCCCCACUUAAGGAGAGCUGGCUCUGCAUGGGGAGGGAUGCAGGGACAAUUACUGAAGGAGGGACUUAUGGACAGAAUAAGAUAUCUGAGUUCCCAUCCCCAUUGGGAGUGACCUUUUGUGCUUAGAGCCCCCAUUCAGAGUGAUUAGGGUGGGGCAGAGGUACAGGGUGGGAGUGGGCAAAGGCCCUGAUAUGGGAUCAUCUGAAACCACAGCUGCCCUGUUCACUUGUAAGGGCCCUGUUUUGAGGUUGGUUGGUCUAAUUUAUUUUAAACUAGGAAAAGCUGGGGGGAUAGGGCUGUGGUUCCUUCAGCCUUCAUAGGGUGGGAAGAAGGGGGGAGCUCCUUUUUUUAUGUUGACCUUUUUUUUUUCUACUGUUUUCCCUUUUUCCUUCUCCAUUUGGGGCCCCUGGGGGUUUCAGUCAUCUCCCCAUUUGAUCCCCCGGACUGUCAUCUUUUUGUUUGUUGAUUCUAACUUGUAAAUAAAGAAAAUAUUAUUCAA